GUGAAAUUCCUGUCAACGUCCGGUGAGGGGGCAGGACUUCCUUGCUGGUUGCUAAGACACUCUUGUUUGCUCCUUGACAACCCUGGCGGGGGUGCGCUGGCUGCGGCCCCGGCUCCGGCCCCCGCGGGAGCAGCACCCCUUGGGGAAAGACACUUUCUGCUCCCACCGAGUUGGCAGGGCCCGCUUCCUGAGGCUCCUGGGCGCCUUCAUUGCCAGUGCCAGCGCCUUCUGAAAGCCCCACUCUCCUCCGGGGAAGGAUCAUGGGAGAAACAGAGGGGAAGAAGGACGAGGCUGACUAUAAGCGCCUGCAGACCUUCCCUCUGGUCAGGCACUCGGACAUGCCAGAGGAGAUGCGAGUGGAGACCAUGGAGCUAUGUGUCACAGCCUGUGAGAAAUUCUCCAACAACAACGAGAGCGCCGCCAAGAUGAUCAAAGAGACCAUGGACAAGAAGUUCGGCUCCUCCUGGCACGUGGUGAUCGGCGAGGGCUUCGGGUUCGAGAUCACUCACGAGGUGAAGAACCUCCUCUACCUGUACUUCGGGGGCACGCUGGCUGUGUGUGUCUGGAAGUGCUCCUGACACUCUGUCCCCUGCAGGGCCUUUUCCCGCCUCUCCUCUGGGAUGGGGAGCGGCUCCAGGCAGGUCCUGGCUUUUCCGAGGAGUUUGGGGUCUUUUAUUUUGUCCGUGUGUACCAGUUUCUUGAGCCACGCUCAGUGUGUGAAUUUGUUGACAUCGCCACUCCCGGGCUCUCAGCCCUCUCCCCUGGGUCCCGAGCUGCGGGUGGGGCUGAGGCAGCCAUCUCCCUGUAGGGCAGGGUGGGGCUGACAGGGUGAGGUGGCAGGAGAUGGAAUCUCUCUCCUAAGGACAUGCCAGUCCCACCUUUCCCCAGGGUGGCCGUCCCUGGCAUCCCUGGAGCCCCACUGCCCUUCCGUCCCCUGCACUGCUGGGAAACGUCCACUGUCCUUGUCAUUAGUGGCCAUAUGGAAGUGGCCCCAAGAAGGAGCCUCUCCUCUCAAGGGAUACUUGGGCAGCUUCUCUCCUUGUCCUCUGGGGAAGGGUAACCACCCCCCAGAAGCCCCUUCCCCUGCUGGACCCCAGGUGCACAAACCACCACAUGCUACUGGACCUGUGCUCCCGGCCGACCAAGCAGCCCUCCCCAUCCUGCCCUCCCUUGCCCGCCCCAGGCCGCAGGGACCUUGUAUGCUGCCUCCCCGGGCAGGGCAGCGGAGCUGCUGGGUCACUGAGCCUGCGGUGAGACCCCUGGGCCGGGAGUGCUCUCACCCGCUUCAGCAGGGAACCUGGCCUGCCAGGACUUAUCAGGGACCGCAUGCUGAUUUGUACUUCUUAUCUCUGCUGGGUUUUCUAUAUUCUUUUUGAGUGUGGGGAGAGGGUUUAGUAGAAGGAUGAAUCAUAUUUUACACAGCGGUCUUAUUUAUAUGAAUGUCUUGGUUUUUACAAUUAAAAUGACCAAAAACCAA